GUGGUGAGCGCCCUGAACGGUGUCAGUAGCAGAUCAGAGAGCUCUGUGUAGAGGAUUUAUCCACAGAUGUGCCAUUGGAACAGCUAAUAUCUACACUACUUAAAGCCGUCCGCACCUUACAACCACAGUAUCCUUAUCCUAAAGCUGUUAGCGGUUUUCCAUCUAAGGUCGGAGAAAAUGGCAGCAAUUCCAGCAAGUGGCUCUCUCAUCGCCACCCAUGAUUACUACAGAAGGCGGCUUGGGUCAGCCUCCAGCAACAGCUCUUGUGGCAGUGCUGAGCACAUUGGAGAGGUCAUCCCACACCAUCCAGGACUUCCAAGGCAAGAUUCUGGCCACUGGUGGACUUCAUUUUUCUUUGCAAAACAGAACCAGCCUGGCAUGCAGAACGGAUCUGAAAAUCAAAAGAACAGAACCUACACAGUGGCCAACGAACAGGUGACCUGCAUCGCCAGGGAAAUGGCUUUGAACAAAGAACUCAGUGAAGGCAUUGAAAGUAGGAAGUCUGAAUUGUUGACCCCUCCACCAGCUUCCUCCUAGCCUCCCCUGCCAGCACCCCACCUUCCCUCAGCCUCAGCUUGCCAUCACAUAGUCCAGACCUGGAGAUGACAUCGGUGAUGAUGAGGCUGUUUUUUUACCUUUAGUAAAUAGCGUGUGCUUUUUCUAUUUGCAUAUGUAUAGUAUGUUUUUAUUAUGACCAAAUGUAAAAAAAAAAAAAUGUGUAAGAAGUUCUUCAUUUUACUGUUCUUGUGACUUGACACUGUUAAUAAUAAUAAAUACUUGGGGUCAGUACUCCCACUGUGUUUAAC